AUGGCAACAUGCCGUCUCUUGCAUAAAGUGGCUUGGGAAACUCUAGAGUUUUUAGGGGACAGAGUACUUACGUAUUGUCUCUUUAAAAUAACGGGACCAAAAUAUCUUAAAGACCACUAUGCGGAUACGAUUGGAUUAAGUAUAAGACGUAUUACUACAAAUAAAAUUUUGGCUGCAUAUUCUAUCAAACUUGGUAUACAUGAAUCUAACGGUAUGACAUGCUCAGAAAUAAAGAAGCGUCAUGCUGAUGCACUUGAAGCAUAUUUCGGUGCAUACUAUCUGACAGAUGGGGAAAUAGCCACUUGUAGGUAUCUUGAUGAUUUAAUGACCCCAUUAUUAGAUUUAAUAAUUGAUGGUAUUGCAUCAGGAAAUAAAGGAAUAGAUAAUUCAUAUAAGAUAGCUGCUGAAUAUUUUGCGAUGCCAUGGAUUCGAAAUUGCAAAC